UCUACCUUGUCAGACAACGCAGAACAGAUCACCCCUUCGGAAAGAAACAUCUCGAACGCCCGAAACACAGUGAUCGUGAAGGAAAACUGAGGGAUUUGAACGACGGGCCACCCCGACUCUUGUAUUGCCGCGAUGAAGUGGACUUUCGCCGUCGCGUUUUUGUCCUCGACUCUAUUCGUCGCCUGUAGUGCUGAAUCCGCGAGCUCCUCAGGGACUACGCUCAUCGACCCAUGGACAAGAACACAUUCCGGAUGCCAAUGCAGCGGCGACGACCGAACCAUGGCAUGCCCAUGCUGCGUUGAGGGAGCUUGCCAAUGUGGUGUCCUCUCCAGGUAUGGCAAGUGUGCCAGGUGUGACAGCACCAGCUUCGUCAACGACUGCAGCAGCCAAACAGCUGGUCGACCUACCGAUACCAAUGGAUGGACUGGGAGGAUGGAGUGUCCUUGUCCCAAAGAAAACGCACCCACGUCCAGGAAGCCCAAUACUUGUGCAUGUUGCUCCAACAGCGGAUGCAGAUGCCGCGAUGAUCCUUACCAAUGCACCCAGUGUGGCCGAGAGGACAAAUGUCAUCAGCCCCUCAACCGCCAAAGAAGGAGUGACAGUAGGCCUACGUAUCCAUAUCUUGAUACCGACCUGAUCGAUGUGGGUGCAGGGGACACCCCAUUAGGCUACGGAGCCCCGACUCAAGGGAGUGAAAACACUGGGGAUUCGACCGGGGACAUUGGAGACUAUACCGAUUACGGAAGCCAGGUUGAUAGUGGAGACACUCCGCCAUUCACUGACAUUGGAGCUGGAGAUCAAUUUUCAUACACCAGAGCCCCCGUUUUUCUGUGCACAACACCGACAACGCCCAGACCACCUGUUACACACAGAUUCUCCGACAAAUACGGAAACCAAUGCUUCUGCGUAGGCACUACUCCAACACCGUCUACAACUACCAGCUCUACCACCCCUUCCACCACUACUACCCCUACGACUACUACCACCUCUACCACCACCACUACUACCCCUACGACUACUACCACCUCUAACACUCCGCCUCCCACAACGACAGGACCCAUUUGGAUAGACAGGCCGAACAGUGACUGUUCCACGUUAGCGGAGAGCGGUGCUGGCAACGGCGUUUACGAGAUCCACCCCAGUAUCCGGGAUCCCUUUGACGCCUACUGCCAGAACGGCUGGACCGUCUUCCAAUCACGGACAGGGCCUGAGGAGAAUUUUAAUAGAGACUGGCAAGAUUACAAGGAUGGCUUCGGUAACCCAAGCACCGGCAACUAUUGGCUUGGCUUGGAGAACAUCUUCCAUCUUACAAACUCGAGGAGAUAUCGUCUUCGUGUUGUUUUUGAGACAUUCACUAACCUUGCCUACUGGAUCGAGUAUGACCAUUUCUGGAUUGAAAGCGAGGCUCAAGGGUAUCGUCUACACAUUGAAGGUCUGAGCAGAGGAAACGCAGGAGACGGAUUCAGAUUCAGGGGCUACCAGGACACAAGGCUCCACAACGGGAUAUCGUUCAGCACCAAGGACAGAGACAAUGACCACUCUAGGGGUUCAUGCGCAAGGCGUUAUCGCUCCGGAUGGUGGUUUAACAACUGCUUCACCGCCAACCUGAACGGUCAGUAUAUGCUACCAAGGAAAAGGGGAGGACGGUACGCCUUCUGCGGGGUAAACGGUUGCAUUGCCUGGAUACCAAUACACAAGCGUUUAUCAAUGAAGAAAGUUUCGAUGAUGAUCAAGCCCGAGGAAGACGACUCUAUUCCGAGGUGCAAAGACCAGCCGGUCGAGACGCCCGGACAGGCGUGCGGCAGUAGUGGAAGCCACUCUCAGGAGGCGACUGGAGGUGAUUCUGACCAAUCUCAACUUCCGAUUAAGCCGUUGGGCAGUCGGCCUGAUAGCACGGAAACCACGACAAGCCCGAAUGGAGAUUAUGGGGAAUAUGGGGACUACUCCAACGAAGAUGAUUCCGUAAGCGCGAGGAGACAGCACUAGUUGUUCAGAUUUAGAUCCGGUUGAUGUAAUACUCGGGUGUGAAAUAUCAGAUCGAGGUAUCUCCAAAAAAAGGAAGCUAUACUAUCUAACAAUUCAGCAAGAACACUUCGGUUCGUUUCGUGACGAGUCGCUUCAUGUCUUUAAAACUCACUAGGACAUUUCGAGUGAAUGUAUAGCUUCGCAGGCGCGUCAUCAGAUCAGUUAAUAAUUGAUGACAUGCAUGGAGUGAGCAUUUGAUGCUGCAAUAUAAAUGUAUUUGAGCAAAUAAACUGUUACUCUAAGGGUUAAA